AACAACCCCAAGGGCAGACAAAUCGCCGCAGCGCAAAACGCAAACGCAAACCAAACCCCGAAACCCCACCGAGGAGCGGAGGGCGGCGAAACCCCACCUCUCGGCGGCGGCCUCGGAGACGAUUAGGGCGGGCACGACGGCGGCGCCGGCGACGACGCUGAUGGAGUCCCUGGAGGCCCUCGUGGCGCACAUCCAGGGGCUCUCGGGCAGCCCCGAGGAGCUGGCGCACCUCCACAGCCUCCUCAAGCAGGCGGACGGCGACUCCCUGCGCGCCCACGCCGCCGCGCUCGUCCCCUUCCUCGGGCAACUCAGCCCCGGGGCCCACUCCCUCGGCUACCUCUACCUCCUGGAGGCGUGCGCGACUUCGGGCGCCAAUCUGAGGGACUUGGCCGGCGGGGACUUCCUCGUCACCAUGGCGGAUUUCCUCACCGCGUGCUCGGCGGACCAGAUACGCCUAGCGCCCGACAAAUUCCUGAAUGUGUGUAGGGUGCUCAAGGAUCAGGUCAUGCAGCUCAACGCGCCCAUCAGGGGGAUCGCCCCACUCCGUGCGGCUGUCCGUAAGAUCCAGGCUUCACCCGAGCAGCUGACCCCGGUUCACGCUGACUACCUUCUCCUGUGCCUGCUGGCGAAGCAGUACAAGGCUGGCUUGAGCGUCCUGGAAGAUGACAUAUUCGAAGUCGACCAGCCGCAGGACUUGUUCCUUUACUGCUACUAUGGAGGGAUGAUAUACAUUGGGCUCAAGAAGUUUCCUAAGGCUUUGGAGCUUCUUCACAAUGCUGUUACUGCUCCAAUGUCAUCAUUGAAUGCAAUUGCUGUGGAAGCUUACAAGAAGUACAUCCUUGUGUCGCUCAUCCAGAAUGGACAGGUCCCAUCAUUCCCGAAGUAUACAUCUGCAACUGCUCAAAGAAAUCUGAAAAAUCACACUAAGAUUUAUGUUGAUCUUUGUACAAGCUAUGGCAAUGGUCGCUACAGUGACUUGGAGAUAUUCGUUGAAUCAAAUGCUGCUGUGUUUCAAUCGGACAACAACCUAGGGCUGGUGAAGCAAGUGCUCUCCUCAAUGUACAAACGAAACAUCCAAAGGCUGACCCAGACUUACUUAACUCUGUCACUUGAAGAUAUUGCUAGAUCUGUUCAACUUGAAACACCAAGGGAUGCUGAAAUGCAUGUACUUCGCAUGAUUGAAGAUGGAGAGAUCCAUGCAACCAUAAACCAAAAGGAUGGCAUGGUCAGCUUUCACGAAGACCCUGAACAAUAUAAAAGUGUUGAGAUGGUGGAGCAUAUCGACUCUUCUAUUCAAAGUUUGACGGCUCUGUCCAAGAAGUUGGCUUCAAUUGAUGAGAACAUGGCAUGCGAUCCUGCAUAUUUACAGAAGGUCAGUUCAACUGGACGGGAUCGUGGAAGAUUCGACUACGAGGACUUCGACACUGUUCCACACAAGUACAACUUUUGAGAUGAUCCAAGCCCUUGCGGCUCGAAAGUACAAUCGUCGAGCUAGGGUGCCAUUCCUUAUUAUUAAUUCGAUCCAUCUAUGGCUUUUUGAAAAUUGAUGAGAUGCUGUAAAUUUUGGUUUGAAGAACGGGUCCGUCGGAGAAGGCAGAUGCUUCUGUUCCAGUUAUUUAUCGUGUCAAGAAUGUUUGCGAGCGGUCAUCGUUUCAUCA